GACAAAAGAAAUAAAGUUUCGUCAUAUAUUAUAAUGAGAAAAAGUUGACAAAGCAAGCACCUAAUAGUAGACUACUGUCCCUCUUAUUUCUAUCUUUUUAUACACUCCUGCAAUUUUUUUCCGAGUACUGCUUAUCUGUUUGCUGCUUUUCCGAAAACUGCGUUCCCACAAGAGGAAAGAGCUGAACUCUAUCUUUAUCUGUAGAUCCUUUUCUUCUGUGUAAUUCUGAAAUAGAAUUUAUAUCUUCUGUAGCUUUCUUGAGAAUCCCCAUAGCUUUUCUUUUUUCACCUUUUUGCUCUCAUUCUCUUUAAAAACAACCUUCAAAGUCCAAUCUCUUUCCCCUCCCACCUUUACAACUUUGGCUUGUUCAUUCCUAGGUAGCAACAGCCACAAACAACCCCACAAUGGAUGAUUAUUGCAAGAGAAGUGGGCAGAUACCAGCAUUUGGAGACUGGGACUAUGCAAAUGAGCUGCCUAUAACUCAGUACUUUGAAUGUGCUAGACAAGCUGGUUUGAUUCGUUUCAGCUCUUCAUCAGGAGAAUCUAAUCCUUAUGUCCCCGCUGACUUGUACGCUGUUGAUUCGAGGAAGCAUUCUCGUACUCUUGCUCCUCCUGGAAAGCAGGUGAGUAGGGUAAGAGAGAAGCGAGCACCGCACGUUAAGGAGCAAAAGAAGGCAGGGAGAGUUUGUGACGUGACUGAACCACCACGGAAAUACCAGCAUCAACAUCCCCACCACGUGCCUACUUCAAAUAAUAAUAAUAACAACAGUGGUAAGCAACUCAAAAAUGAUGCCGUGCCUCCCAGGAGACCACCCAAACCUGUUGAUGAAGAUCUCUACAAAAUCCCCCCUGAGCUCCUCCACUCUUCCAAGCGAAAGAAAAUGCCAGGACUCUUCUCAUGCUUGGUACCAGCUUGUGCAACAUGAAGGUUCUGAGUUUUGAGCUUGAAGGAAGAAAUUUGCUUCUGCUUCUGCCCUGGAAUGUUUAUAUGGAAAAGAUGUAGUUAGUGUAGUGAUGUAGUCCUUUUUGUUUCAUCAUGUUUGACUAAACCAAGCUUGUAGUGAGAAAUGGCUGUCAAAUGAUGAUUUUGUUCUUUGUUUAAUGAUGAAUUUAUAGUAAGCUGAAUUAUGCGUUUGAUUCCA